GACCUCGACAUGUACCAUACAGAAAACUAAACACAGUUGAUGGAAGUUCUGUUAGUACGAUUGAUGAUGGGACUGAUGAACAAAGAGAUAUAUUUGGAUACCAACAAAGUAUACAGAAGAAAUUAUUUUUCUGGCUUAUUACUAUUUUAACCGUGGGGUUAACUUGCCUAGUAGUGAAAUGGCGGCCAGAGUGGAGAAUCUGGUGGACUUGUGUAGCUUGUGGAUUGGAUGUUGCUGAUACAGUGAUACUGAAGGAUAGUCAUGGACAUGUAAGUGUUGAGAAAGUGGAAAUUCAACCUGUUCAAGGAACCAUGCCUACAGAACUAGUCUCUAUCAGUAGUCAGCAGAGUGUAGGAAACCAACAAACUGAAACUGUUUUCUUAAAUUUGAAUAAAGCUGCUUGUUUUCGGUACUUCAUUCAUCGCUGUGUGAAAUAUGUUUGGGAUCAAAAUAAGAAAGGGUUCAAAAGGCUUAGAGGUUUUGAUGAAGGCUUAUCUUGUGGUGAUUUUCAUGAAAAAUUUCAUGGAUACUCUACCGCUCGUCAAAGAGAACUAAGAGAGUUUUAUGGAGAAAAUACCAUUGAUAUUGAAGUAAAGUCUUACUGGAGAUUAUUUAUUGAAGAAAUACUCAAUCCUUUCUAUAUUUUUCAAAUCGCCAGCAUGACACUCUGGAGUCUGGACAGUUACUAUUACUAUGCUUCCUGUAUUCUUAUUAUCUCCAUUAUAUCAAUUACUGUAUCAUUAUAUGAAACCAAAAAGCAACGAAUCACUCUCCGCAACAUGGUAGCACAUUCCAAUGCCGUUACAGUGACUGUCUGUCGACAGAAUGGAAGUUUGGAAGACAUACCUGCCUCACAACUUGUGCCUGGAGAUUUGAUUGUAAUACCUCCCAAUGGUUGUUUGAUGGCUUGUGAUGCUGUCCUUGUAGCUGGUAACUGCAUUGUUAAUGAGAGUAUGUUAACAGGUGAAAGUGUACCUGAAACCAAGACUCCAGUUUCUAGGCAGGAAGACAAUGAAGUUUACAGUCCACAGAACCAUAAACGUCACACAUUAUUUUGUGGAACUCAUGUCAUACAAAGCAGGUACUAUGGGCAUGACCAGGUCCUGGGUGUUGUAAUUAGGACAGGAUUUUUGACAGCUAAGGGUGAACUAGUGAGGUCAAUCCUUUUCCCCAAACCCCUGGGUUUCAAGUUCUACCAAGACUCCAUGAAAUUUAUCCUGGUUCUCUUCUGUAUUUCAGCUAUUGGCAUGGCAUACUCUUUAUACCUCUAUAUUCACAGACAUGCAUCAGUUUCGAAAGCUAUUCUUAGGGUGUUGGACAUUGUUACUAUAGUAGUGCCUCCAGCCUUACCAGCAGCCAUGACAGUUGGAACAGUUUAUGCCCAAAAUAGACUUAAAAAAAGUGGUAUUUUCUGUAUCAGCCCUCCAAGGAUCAACAUUGGAGGAAAACUAAAGUUGAUCUGUUUUGACAAGACUGGAACUUUGACUGAAGAAGGAUUAGAUCUUUGGGGAGUAAUUGAAGCAAAGAGUGGAAGGUUUCAGAAUUUAAUCCAUGACCCUACUCAUCUGUCAGUAGAAAAUAAACUUUUAGCAACGAUGGCUACAUGUCACUCCUUAACCAUGAUAGAAGGAGAGUUGACUGGUGACCCUUUGGACCUUAAAAUGUUUGCAGCGACUAAGUGGGAAUUUGAUGAGCCUGGUUAUGAAACAACCCGGUACGAUAUGCUCAUGCCAACAGUUGUGCAUCCCCCAGUUCAUCAACUAAAACUAGAGCACUCUUCAACAUCUCUUCAGCCAAACUCUUGUGUUUGUUCAUUAUCUGCACAGCUUUUUACAGAACCAGGGAAAGAUACUAGUCGAUAUGAUACUCUGACUCCGAUUAUGGUUAAACCAGUGCAACAUGAAAUGUAUGAUUCCGCAGUUGAAACCAAGGUUCCUUAUGAAAUAGGUAUUGUUCGACAGUUUCCAUUUUCCUCAAGUGCACAAAGAAUGGGUGUAAUAUGUAGAACAUUAGGAAAGCCCCACAUGGACCUAUAUGUCAAAGGUGCCCCAGAGAAAAUAGCUUCUCUUUGUUUAAAGCAGACCUUACCAGAAAACUUCAGUAGUCUACUGCAAGAUUAUACACUUCAGGGUUUCCGUGUUAUUGCUCUUGCCUGGCGGAAACUUGACAGAAAGUUGACAUGGCAUCAUGCUCAGCGAGUUAAAAGGGACCAAAUCGAAUUUGAUUUGACAUUCCUUGGUCUCCUUGUGAUGCAGAACACACUGAAGCCAGAAACUACUCCUGUAAUAGAAGUGCUUCAACAAGCCAAGAUCCGCACAGUGAUGGUAACAGGUGACAAUAUCUUGACAGCUGUUAGUGUAGCUAGAGAUUGUGGAUUGAUACCUCGAUCAGACAAUAUCAUUCUUGUAAGUGGUUUGCCACCUGAUGAUGUAAACCGUGCCUGUAUUGAUUGGCAGUAUGCAGAAUCUCCUCAUAUUGAUCUUGAAGAAGAAGAUGAGCCAAGUGUACCAGUAUCUCAUCAGCAAAAGCUGAAUAUCAAUGAAGAAAAUAAAGGAGAUCAAACUUUCCAUUUUGCCAUUGAUGGAAGGUCCUUUGCUGUGGUUCGACAGUAUUUCCCAGAGGUAUUCUUGAGGUUAAUUGUGAGAGGUACUGUAUUUGCCAGAAUGGCUCCUGACCAGAAAGCUCAGCUAGUUGAAUCCCUUCAAGACAUUGGGUACAUUGUCAGUAUGUGUGGUGAUGGGGCCAAUGACUGUGGGGCUUUAAAAGCUGCUGAUGUUGGAAUCUCAUUGUCUGAAGCUGAAGCAUCGGUUGCUGCUCCUUUCACAUCCAAGAUUCCCAACAUAGAGUGUGUACCCAUUGUUAUCAGGGAGGGGCGCUGUGCUUUGGUAACAUCAUUCUCAAUGUUCAGAUUUAUUGCUCUCUACAGCCUCAUUCAGUUCUUCUCUGUACUCAUCUUGUAUAAUAGAUUUAGUAACCUCUCUGAUUUCAUGUUUUUAUACAUCGACCUUGGAAUUAUCACAACCUUGGCCAUUGUUAUGAGCUACACAGCGGCCUAUGAAAAGCUAGUGGCUAAGCGACCUCAGGGAAGUAUGGUCAGCUUGUCUAACAUUAUCUCGUUGGUGUUACAGAUAUUACUUGUUGGGGGAAUUCAGCUGGCAGCUCUUAUGCUGCUGGAAUAUCAACAUUGGUAUAAGAGAGUCUCAUUUGGGCCACAAGAAGAAACUUUAAUGUGUUGGGAAUCGACCACUAUUUUUCUUAUUUCUUCUUUCCAAUAUCUGAUUGUGGCUGUUGUCUUUUCCAAAGGGCCACCAUAUCGAAAGUCAUUAUUUUCUAAUUUCUAUUUUAUGGGAGCUCUGUUUCUGCUGACAGGAUUUACACUACUUCUUCUGUUUAGUCCUUUUAAGAAGUUAAAUGCCUUUUUUAAGUUGGUACUAUGGAAUCCUCACGAGAAGCUCAAGUUUCGUCUCAUGCUGCUUGUUCUUGCUGUUGGAAACUUUAUCCUUUGUUUUAUUGCUCAGGUUUGUAUAGCUGAAAGUCAGUGGCUUAAGAAGGUGACCAGACUAAUCAAACAGAAAAAGGAACCAAAGAAUAGAUAUCGAUUAGUGGAGAAGGAACUGGAGAGCUUACCUGAUUGGCCAGUAAUAAAUGAAAAACUAUAUGCUUCAGAUUAUUCUGUGGUUUUUCAUUGAUUAUUGAAAUUCUUAGAGCAGACUUAUUAUUAGAUAACAUUUAACAAUUAAAUAAAAAUCGUGUGUUUUGUUUGAUUUUGAAAAUAUGGCACUUAUUUUACACAGAUUUUAUUUUACAUUUUUAGUCAAAAAUACUUCAAUUUGUAUAUUGCAACAAGGGUUCUUUGUAUCCUGUUUUUUGAAUUAGCAUUUUAUUUUGUUGCAGUAUCUCAUAAAACCACUAGUAUCAUGAUGAAGGCUUGUUUGUAUUUUUAAAAAAAGCAUAUCUGUUUUUUUGCUUGUUAAAACUUGAGACUUGUACAAGGGGCAAAAUUUUAGUUUGAUUAAUGUAACUGAAACUUCAUUAUAUUUCAAGUUAGAAAGUACUUUUGUAAAUGAACAUUAAUGCAAGAUGACAAACAUUAGUACAGUUUUCGUGUGUUUGUGUGGUGUGUGUGGCCAUCAAUUUUCAAUCUUAAAUUUAAUGAUUCAAAAUCACUGGAAAAUUCUGAAACCACAGCAGCAAAUUAUGAAUAGAAUUACUUUGACAUUAUUAUACACAAGUUUAAUCACAAAAAAAUUUAUUUGAUUAUUAUAAUGUAUUUUUUAUACAUCAGGUAAUAUUGAGAUUUUGUUGUUAUUGCUCAGUUCUGUAAAGGCCACGGUAUUGUUUAAUAUUUAUUCUAAAGCUAUAUUUAAUUGGCUCAGUAAUGUAUUUCAGUUUUAUAUAUAUAAUUUUAAGACUGGUGUAUCUGUAUAGAACUAGACCUCAACCUUGUUUUAGAGUUUAUAUUAUAUUUAAACCACAUACACACAAAUGUAGAAACUGAAUUUGCUCUCACAACUAAGAAAUGGGUUCAAGUUAUUGUUUUAUUUUUGUUGCAAUUGAGUCAUAUAUAUCUGUUUAUAUAUUUAAGUUUCUCCUAGUUAAAAGUUCAUUAUGACUUUAUACAGUUUGGUGAUUGAUAAUAUUCCUCUGUAUACUUAAAAUUGAUUAAACCUGCUGUAAGUACUACAUCUAUUUAACAUUCCUGUGAUUUUGUCCACUGGAUACGACUUAUUUUUCAUAGAUAUAGUAUGUAUUUAA